AUGGCACGUGGCAGUCUAGCAAAUGUACUCAAGGAAAAAGGUAAAAUCUCUCUACGUCGCAAAGUUCACAUGGCUAGACAGAUUGCCAGUGGAAUGCGAAAGAUUCAUGAUCAUCACAUGAUUCAUCGAGAUAUUCGACCGGAUAACAUUUUGGUUAAUCAACAAUAUACUUGUAAAAUCGGUGACAUGGGUAUUGCACGCGUUACAGAUCCACAGAAUCGACAUACGCAGAUUGGUUGUCAGCCCUUUAUGCCACCAGAAUUUUACGAGGGCACUUAUGAUCAAAAUUUGGAUAUUUUCACAUUUGGCUUAACUUUAAAUGAACUUUUUACUGAAACCCAGCAUGUUUUUCGACAAAGAGUCACAGAGAAAAUUGUUUUCAAGGAAGAGAGUCCGAUCUUUCGAGAUCUUAUUACUCGAUGCACAGCCGAUGAUCCGAAACAUCGACCAACAGCGACUGAGAUUGAAAAGACUCUGGAACUGUACACUCAUGGGUUCGACAUGAUCGUUCUGAAGAAACAAGCGAAUUACGUUCGUUUAUCUACUGAACAAAAGGAUCAAGUUUUCAUCGAUUUCUACGAACAAUUUCAUAAAUCAGCAACAGAGUUUAUUCGAAAGAAAUUUCCAGUAGAAUUUUUACAAGGACCAAAAUUUGUAGCUGGCGUGAAAGUUAAACGCGAUGUCGAGAAUGAUCAACAAGUUGAUUGCCAUGUGCAAUAG